AUGGAAAGAAAAAAACUUUUGUUGGGCCCUUUUCAUGCAAAAGGAAUCACCUGUCAGAAAAUAAGAAUCGAGGCUAAGCAGCAUAACACUGUUAUCGAUAAGUGCGCUAGAGUACAACUUUUCAGGAACGGAAAGAAGAUUAUUGCUUUGGCCCGCAAUAUGUACUUUGUCUUCAUUUCUGGAUUUGGUCAUAAGGUUUAUGUUGUGGUAGAUAUUCCUGGAGUUAUGUACAAGGUUGUCAAGGUUUCUGGUGUUUCAAUCUCAGCUCUCUACAACGGAAAGGAGCAGCCAACAUCUUAA